AGAUUUUGUGACCAUUCAAGAUUAUUUAGCUAAGGUGUAGUAAUAAAGCUAAAACGGUUAUGAAAUAUGAUCAUAAAUCUCCCAAUGAUAUAUAUGUAUAGUACCAGUUUAAUAAUGUACUGUAAAACAUUUAAAAGAACCGAACAAUUCAAUGUUAUUGAGAUGAACGUUAAUAGAUAAAAUAAAACGUUAUUAAAGAUGUAAUUAGUAACUUGGUUUAUCAAGUGCCGCGUCUAAUUUUUCGAACGAAAUGUAGUCAGAAUUGUACAAAGUAAGCGUUCAUUUUCAGUUAUUUAUAAAAACAAAUAAGUGAUAAACUGGAGAUACUUUACCGCCACACAUCCCGCAUCAAAGGAAAUCAUGAACUAACAAAGCAUAUUCAUGUUGAAUUUUCAAACAACAGCCAAUUUCAAAGUGCAUUUAUUGAGCAGUAAAUUUCAUAACCACUUUUGCGUUGGUGAAUAAUAAAUUCUCAGAAUAAAUGCUUGAUUGGAUUGGAUAUAAAAGAAAGCUUUCAUGAGACUAGAUGAUUGGGACUUCGCAAAUGAUUUGGCUUUUCUAUCCCAAACACAUCAACAAAUACAGGUUACGACAAAUAGUGUAGCAGCAGCCUCAGCAUUAGUAAGUCUCAACAUACAUAGAAGAAAAGGCAAGAUACUCAAAUACAACACGGAGAACGCCAACCCAAUCAUACUUGAUGGAGAAACUCUGGAAGAUGUGGAGAGUUUCACUUAUCUGGAUAGCAUCGUCGAUAAACAAGGAAAAUAUGAUGCAGAUGUGAAGACAAGAAAUGGAAAAGCAAGCAUACCAUCCAUACAGUUAAACAAAAUAUGGAACUCAAUACGACUGUCUGCUAACCAACAUCAAAGUCACAAUCUUCAAUACGAACGUCAACACAGUUCUACUGUAUGGAGCUGAAACGUGGAAAACUACCACAACCAUCAUCAAGAAGAUAUAAGUAGUAUGCUACACCGAUAAGAAGCGGAAUUCUUGUUAAAAGAAGGUCGAGAAAAAUGGAGUAAAGAAAACAAGUAGGAGAACACAAAGAAAUUGAAAAUUGGAAGAAUCAUGAUGGAUGUGAAGGAUAAUUGAUGGACGAUUUUCAAAUGAAGUUUUUAAUGCAUAGUUUUCAAAUUUUACGAAAGAACUCUGUAAUUUUGUGAUAAACAACUAAUUACUUUUCCCCACCUAAGCGUUUGUUCACCACAUUACCACAUCCAUGCUUAUACUAUUGAGAUACAAGUAAAUGACACACCAAUGUUAUUCAAUAAAUAUUUCGAAGUGUUUAGUGUUUUUUAUAUAAGUAUUGGUAUAAUUAUAUGUAUUAAAACAUGAAAAGGAUCUAUUUUGAGAAUAACGGCUCAAUUCUACGACGCCCCAAACAAGCGUAGUCAAUCAACGCAAAGAAUCUACAUAUGGAAACCAGCCUCUUUAUUUUUCUGUGAAGUUAUUAGGUACAACAGUUAUUUUUCUAAACAUUUCAAUAAAAAUCAGUAACCGA